GAGCUUACGGGAGCGCGGUUGUGUUGUCUCGCUCUGCGGAUCUUCCUGUCGAACUGGCUUUUCCGCGCUCACAUUCGGGCUUUUUGGCGCAAUCCGACAAAAAGGACCAUCUCUGUUUACCCAGCCGCACAGCACAGCGGCUACAGGGGGAGAGGGGCGGGGCAGGUCCAGGAAGACCCGGAUGUGCGGCCGCGAAGCGCCAGGCUUGAGGGCUGCAGUCCUGCCGGGGCGGCUCGGACAGACGGUCUUCCUUCGGUCCACAUGAGUGGAGGUCCUGUGUAGCUGCACAUCGGUUCGGCACGAGAAUGGAGGACGGCCUGGUGUCAGAGGACGAUGUCUUGCUUCGUUCGGAGAAGGAGUUACAUGAUGCUGCGAAAAGGAACGACACAAACACUAUGUUGGAGCUGAUUGGGAAAGGAGUGGACGUCAAAGCCAAAAAUAAAGUGGAUCGUAAGGCGCUGCACUGGGCCGCGGGGACGGGCAGUGUGGAGGCUCUGCGGCUGCUGCUGGACUACGACACUGAGGUGGACGAUAUGGACAGUUUUGGGAUGAAUGCGCUGCUGCUAGCUUCCUGGUUCGGCCACCUCAAAAUCUUGCAGAUGCUUGUCUCAUCUGGGGCAAAACUCAACUGUGAAAACAAAAAGGGUUUGAAUCUUCUGCACUGCGCUGCCCAGAGGGGUCAUAUCCAUAUUCUGGAGUUCAUCAUGGAAGACCUGGAGGAUGUGCGACUGAACAGAGCCGACAAGUCAGGUAAGACAGCAUUUCACCUGGCAGCAGAACACGGACAGUUGGAGGUAACAGAGUUCCUCAUUGGUAUGGGCUGCGCUCACGACCUGAAGGACAAGGAGGAGAACAUGGCACUACACCUGGCAGCGCAGCACGGCCACACAGAGGUUCUCCAGAAGAUUCUGGAGACAGGGGAGAACGCUAAUGAGAGGAACAUUGAUGGUAUGACGGCUCUGCACUUGGCGGUGGAUGGAGGCCAUUAUGAAUGUGUCAGGCUGCUGCUGGAGGCUCGGUGCAGUAUCAACGAACUGACUAAUAGAAACAUGACUGCUCUUCACUUUGCUGCCCAGCAUAGCUUUGACAGAAUAGCCAGGCUACUUGUGGAGGCCGGCGUCAGCCUGGACUCAGUGGACACUAAUCAUACCUCAGCACUACACCUGGCAGUGUUCAACAACUGCAGUGAGAUUGUAAAAAUACUUAUUGAUGCGGAGUGUGACCUGGACAUUUUUGACAGUCGGCUUCAGACAGCCCUGCACAUAGCAGCAGAACACGGACGGCACGGUGUAGCUGAAAUGAUCCUCAUUGCUGGAGUUAACCUCAGACUGCUUGACAAGCAGGGAAAAACAUCGCUGGACAUUGCAGCCAGAGGCAAUCAUGUCAACGUAGUGGACAUGAUCAUCAAAGCAGAUCGAUUUUACAAAUGGGAACAGGACAAUAUGAACAGUGACUGUGACUCGCUGGUGGGACGGACACUGACGUUCAGGCAGGACCAUCACCUGGAGACGCAGCACAUCCGCUCUAUCCUAUGGAAGCUAGCCACUAAAUACCUGAAGCCUGGAGAGUGGAAGAGACUGGCACAGCACUGGAGAUUCACAGACGCCCACAUACGAGCCAUAGAACAUCAGUGGACAGGUACAAAAAGCUAUAAAGAACAUGGUCACCGUAUGCUGCUGAUCUGGCUGCACGGUGUGUUGACCGCUGGAGAAAAUCCCAUUAAAGUCUUAUAUGAAGGCCUGAUGGGAAUCUCAAGAAUGGAUUUGGCAGAGAGUGUACGACAGCAAGCCAAUGCCGACCCAAAUUCUCAGAAGAAAUGCGCUACAAUGUAAAAGAUGGUUCUUUAGAAGGGAUGGUUCUUUACACUGCCUGUGCCGGCGAAGAGGACACCACUGACUCAAAAAUCUCUGAAAGAAGGGACGUUUACAACUGUGACAAAAUGAGCUACAGCACAACAAAAUACAGUCCAGGCACAGAAUGCAGCACAAUGCCUGUCAGAAUGAACGGUUGCGAGAAACAUCUCCUCUAGAAAACCUGCAUUUCAUCAGCUUGUAAGGGCUACAACAACACCUCGAAGCUAACAUGCUGGAUCAGUUCCGUCAGACUCAAGUACUGUUACUUAUGCUCCAAACAGAUACAAAUAAAAUCAGCAUAAUAAAAUAGAAUUAUUUACAUUUCUGUGCUCAUACAGUCAUCAGACAAUCAGUAGUUGGAUGGGUAUUGAGUCAUUUUAAGUCUUUCAUGAGUUUAUCUGGAUCAACACUGUACUGCCAAUGCCUUUACAUAUGUCAGAUAUUUCCUUUCAUGUAGAUUAAAUAGAUCUACUGUUGUUGCACUUGAAAACAGAUCUUGUCUGCACAAUGCAUGGCUUUAUUGUAUAACUGAAGAAAAGCAUCAUGACUUACCUUGAACUGUGAUUUAUAAUAUGUGAAUGGAAUGCAGAGUUAAAAUGGUCAUUUCUGAAGAGUUUGUCUAUUUAAAGCUAGAAUCAGGAUAUUCUGAACAUAUUUUGUCAAGAGAUUUAGUUUCGUGUAACCUCAUGGCUGUAACUAAUUAAACAGAUUAAAUUAUGUAUACAGGUGCUGGUCAACGAAUUAGAAUAAUUUGAAAUAGUGCAA